GAGAAAGGUCGAGUUUGAGAAGAUUACCCGGUCCAUGGAGAAGUCAUGGCACACUUCGCUAUACAAGGACUGUAACAUUGUGCCUGAAGCUGAGGACCAACGCCCUUUCCCUACGUGCGUUUUCUGCAGCUUUACAAAAGGGGGUCAAAUGGAGAUGCACCGUAUAUUUGCGGAUGAGGGCAUUCCAUGUGACAUCUGCCUAUUUCCCAAAUCGAUGGUGGAAGAUUACCUUACAAUGAAUGGGAUCAACAUGAGUUCAUUCUGUCAGAACAAGGACUUUUUGCACCGGUCCUUGACAGCUAGCCUUAUCUUUGAAGCAUAUGGUGUCGAAGCCACAAGCUAUCUCUGGGAAGGCACUACACGACUUGCUAUGGAAGCCUGCCCGUAUCUAGGCGAUUCUAUCACGUUUGAUCAACUGAAGGAACUGCUUAACAAGGGCAAGCCGGUACUUGCUAUGAUGAUUGUGGGCCCUGAUUUUGAGAAGCUCAGAGAUAAGGAAAUUUACAAAUGCCACCCUGUCUUCUUGUCAGGAAAGCUGCAAAAACCAUUUGAGUACCACAGAGUAAUCCUUAUUGGACACGGAGUGACGGAAGUAACGAAGGAAAAUUUUGUACCGUUUCUCAACUCCCACAGUGACAAGUUUGGGCAUAAGGGUGUUGGCCGGGCUUACUUCAAUGACCUAAUGUGGUUUUUCACUUUAGAGGGCAAGUAUCCACCACUUCUUCAAUAUCAGCCACCUAAAAUUAUUCCACUCGACAGACCAAACCUUGACAAACCAAGGCGGCGGCCUGCGUGUGAUAACCGACGUAACCUCGAUAAACCAUGGAGGCGAUCUGAGUGUGAUAUUGGAACAGUGGAACAAACAGAGGCAUCUGGAAGAGCUGACGCUGCUUCCUCUUGGCGUCUUGACAUGCCCCAGCAGAUUGCUAAGGUGAACAAUGGUACUGCUUGGAAUGGUACGACCUGUCUCCAUGUUUUGACAAAGGAAAUAGUUGAUCAAGGUUGCAAGCUUAUGGCAUCUGGAAUGAUUGGAAUUGAUUUGAGAGAUGGUAUCUGCAUGGCAGUUGAUGAUGUCGUGAGAAACCUGAUGAGCAUGGCCCGAAAGAUAAACACUUUCGAGGAAAUAGCACAGGUGGGUACUGUAUCAGCUAAUGGGGAAAAAGAACUUGGCGAUCUUAUUGCAGAGGCUAUUGCGAUGGUUGGUACAGAGGGAGUUAUCACCAUUGCGGAUGGUAGCACUCGAUGCACCGAGCUUCAAGUUCUGGAAUGCAUAAAGCUUAAGAGAGGCUACUUCACUAAACACUUUAUUACCAACCACAAGAACAAAACAUGUGAACUAGAUGAUCCCUUAAUCUUCAUACAUGAUAAGAGGGUAUCUAAUGUUCAAGCCAUCAAAGUGUUGGAAUUUGCACUCAUGGAGGGAAAGCCUCUGUUUAUUCUUGCAGAAGAUGUGGAUACUGAAGCAAUAAAUACUAUGAUCAAUGAAAAAUAUUAUAAAGGCAUGAAGGUCUGCGCGGUCAAAGUUCCUGGUCAUGGAGAGAACAAGGAACUCAAUUUACUUGCUAUUUGUCUCCUUACAGGCGGACUAAUCUUUACUGAAGGAAACGGAAUGGACCUUUGGCCUCACAUACUUGGAACUUCUAAGAAGGUUAUAGUAUCUGCGGAUGAUUGCACAAUCUUUGGUGGAGCCGCUGAUGAUAAUACCAUCGGGAACAGAACUAAGCAGCUGAGAUCUGCAACUGAGAAAAGCACGGGAUUGGCAGAAAUGUAUUGUUGUGCUACUAUUAUGAAGAUUGGUGGAAUGGAUAAAAUGGAGAUUAUUGAGAAGAAAGACAGAGCGGCACAUGCGCUGAAUGCAACGAAAGCUGCAGUUGAGGAGGGAAUUGUACCAGGUGGUGGUGUUGCUCUGGUUUAUGCGGCAAAAGACCUGGAUAAGCUGGAGACUGCAAAUGUUGGCCAAAAGAGUGGUGUUCAGAUUAUUCAAAAUGUCUUGAAGAUACCAUUUCACACCAAUGCUUCAAGUGCUUGUCGUGAUGGGGAGGACAUUGUUAGCAUGAUCUUGGAGCAGAAUAAUACUGGCCUGGUAUAUGAUGCUGCCAAAGGUGAAUAUGCCGAUAUGCUGGAGGCCGGUUCCGUUGAGCCACUUAAAGUGAUCAUAACAGCCCUGAUGGAUGUCCAAAGGGAGUCGUGUCAAAUGUUAACUGACACAGGCGGCCACUUGAGCCCGAAGGAAAGAAACAAGCAAUUUGCGGUGCCAUGAGCAGGACGUUUUUAACCUGCUUUUACUCUGAUUACUAAGUUUACAUUUAGGUUUGAACAUCUUAUGAUUUGGAAGGGGAGGGGAUACUUAUUUGCACUAUCCGUGUCACUCUGCUUCAUGCCUCAAAUAUUUGUUUGAGGAUAUUCUUGCUGUUAGAGCCUAAGUUUACUGUUAUUACCUGCUUCAUGCCUUGAAUAUUCUUUAACCUGCUUUUACUCUGUUUACUAAGUUUACUGUUUGUUAUA